CACUUAUCUGCGCACGAUGUCGGGCUCUGGUCCGUCCCAGUGGCAGUGGCAUCAGCAGUUCGGGCAGUGGUGCUACUUCGACCGUGCCACGCAACAAUACCUUCUUCAAGACGGCCGUCGUUUCGCCAUUCGAAACCAGCAGCCGAGCAGACCAUGGGUUCAAGAGGCUGUGGCCGCCUAUCGUCUACGCCAAUCAGUCCUGGAACAGUACUUGAGGCGCAAGUUUCCCGAACGCGAGUACGGUCGACGCGGCUUUGCGAUUGAGCUGUGGCGAACCCUGCUUCUCCUGCCGUCGUCGCGCUGAGCACCAUUUCUAGUUCGACGUCGAUUCUUACAAGUUUCAAGUUCCGAGGCAGCUGCAGCCACACGAAUUGGUGCAAGAGAUCAACAGCCUCCGUCAUCCCGACUCGGAGUAGUACGGGCGCGCAAGGUACUGACGGCCGAGGUGACUAAGGCAAUCGAACCGUCCGUUCGCGUUGCACUAGGGUCAUUUUUGAACCGAGUUGGAGUGCCGCAGCAGGGCGACACAGUGUUCAUUCUGCCUCCCAAGCUGCAUAUGGGCGCUAUGCUCGUGCGGGAGGGAGCUAAUAUAUAGUCGGCUGCGUAUGAAAUGCUUAGCUACCCAAAGCUGCGGGGCUCUCUGAGAACACUAUCAUAAUCGCUCUUAUACGCCGCCAGCAGUGCUUACACGAAUAAAUAAACUUGGGUAUGCUCACCUUCUAUACACACUGU